AUGGUGAUCACGGCAACAGAGAGCAACAACAACGAACGAGUUUCUUUAGAACAGGUCAUGCGGCAAAUUGAAACCUUGAGGCAAGAAAAUGAAAUUGUACGAAGAGAAUCAGAAGAAGCUAGGCAAAGAUUGGAGGAGUCUAUGCGUCAACAAGAACAACUGCAAAAAAGCAACGACGAAUUGCGAACUUGGAUGAGAGAUCGUAGCCAUUUUCGAGACACCAACCUUCCGGGGAGAGUAACGGACGAGCAGGACGAGAACCAUCCACUGGCUAGGGCGAUCGUAGAGGAGAUCAUCCCGCCCCAUUUCAUCAUCCCAAAAAUGAUACCCUUCACUGGUGAAGGCGACCCGGAAGCACAUUUAAAGGCUUUCCGAGCACAAAUGUUAAUAUCAGGAGGAAGCGACGCGGUGCGGUGCAAGAUGUUCGUAGGCACUCUAUCAAACACGGCGUUAAAAUGGUUUGGCAAGAUCCCCCACGCCACCAUCACUUCUUUCAACGUUUUCGCUCGCCUAUUUAUGGAAAGAUUUGCAGUAAAUCGUCCCAAGCAGCUACAGAUAGCAGAUAUGUUCGAUAUCAAGCAACGUCAGGAGGAGACUUUGAAACAAUUUCUCAACAGAUUUUGUGAUGUCAGCAUGGGGCUCGCAAACCCUAGCGAGGAUAUGCUAAUCGGGGCUUUCGUGAAAGGAUUGCGAGCUAAUUCUUUUAGCGAAUCUCUCAUUCGAGCACCAGCUAUAACGCUAGCGGAAAUAAGGAGUAGGGCAACCGUUUACAUCGAGACAGAAGAAGCCAUGCAGAGGAAAAGGUCAGAAGAAAGACGGCCUCAGUCCGAGCAUAAAAGUAGGGAAGUCCGACGUCAAAUUAUGGAGACCUCCUCCCCGUAUAAAAAAGCUAGCCGCAAAUUCACUCCCUACAGUCCGCAUCAUCAUUCAGAUAAAAGGGCCUUCAAAUCUUCGUGUCCUUCCUUUUCUGAAUCCAAAGCUCGAAUCUUACAAGACGAAGGAGUUAGCAGAUACUUGCGUUUCCCCAUGGAAACCGGACGACUCCUCGGAAAAGAAACCUCAGCCUGGUGCGAAUUUCACAAGACCCACGGUCACAAUACUAAAGAUUGCUUUCCUCUAACAGGGCACUUAGCAAGUUUAGCCCGGAGAGGCCUCGUGGACAAAUAUAUUAAAGGCAAUAACACAAAGACAAAACCUGUCGAACAGUUCUCCAAAGCUACUGCGGGACCUCACGAAAUUCCCGUACUUGGAGAUUUCAACACUAUAGUAGGAGGAUUCGCAGGAGGGGGUCCGACCAAGUCAGCCAGGAAGCGAUACGCGCAGAAUAUCAUGACGGCAACGGUCCUAGAACUUUCAACGCCCAUACCCAGUAUCAUCUUUUCGACAGAGGACACCAAGGAUAUAGUCCCUCAUGAGGACGAUCCUGUGGUACUCUCAGUAAUCAUGAUGGGUCGAAAUGUGCAUCGGGUACUGAUCGACUAG